GGAGUCGUGACUGGGCAGGUUUCAGAGCUGGCCAGAGGCCAAGGGCAUUUCGAACGGGGAUUGUCCGUGGUGUGACAGGCAGCGGAGCUGAAUUUCAGCAGCAGGAGCUCAGGGCAACAUGAAGGGCCGGGGCCUGUCUGCAGUGUAUGCGUUGUGAAGGAGAAGGAACCAGCUGCACGGGGUCCGUACAGACCUGCGCUGCUGGGCAAACCUCUUGUGGCGUCGUUCAAACAGAAUUGACACUCGCUGGAGAGAAGACCCAGACCAUUGUCAAGGGCUGUGCGACACUCAGCCAAUGUAACGCUGGCUUCGUCUCGAUGAACUUUGGGAAGGGAAUGAUGACAAGGACGAUCAUCUCCUGCUGCCAGACCGACUCCUGCACACCGGCACCUGUUAAAGUGCCCCCGGCUGACACCAAAUCCAACGGCCGGAGCUGCCCGGGCUGCCACACUUCGUCCUCUGAUCAGUGCCGUGAACAGACCGUACAGUGCACUGGAGCCGAAAACCAAUGCAUGGACAUCUCCAGGCACCUAAACUCUGCUGGAUCUGCCACGAAGACCAUCAUGAAGGGCUGUGGUUCUGAGUACGUCUGUGCCCAGGUGAAUGAAGGUUCUGCGAACUUUGCGGGGAUCAAUACAGAGGUAACCAGGGCCAGAUGCACCCCAGCCACCAGCGCAGCCGGCACAGCUCUGGGACCCGCCGGGCUCCUCCUUCCCGCCCUCGCUGGGCUCCUCCUGCUGAAGAGUCUCUCCUGAUUCCCCACCCAGUGCAGCGGCCACGCCGCCCUCAGGAACGCCCCGGCCUCCUGUGUUAGCCCCUGUCGGCAGCCGCUGUCCCCUCCCAGGGGCCCUGGGCUCCCGCCCGGAUUCGCUUCCCCUUUAUAUUGUUCCGCUUAAUAAAACAAACUGGAGACCAAAA